GUUCUCAUCGGCGUGUUGUGUCACUCUCCCAACAAAGAAAGAAGUACAUGCCGUUUGUGUUGAGCCAUCCACCGGAUACCGCGGAGAGAGUGGAGGGGGAGCCGUUCUAUCAGCUAUGCGCCUAUUCCAUUCAGGACUCCGACGCGGUGCGGUCACCGUGGCACGAUUUCAGGUUUUGCCUGCGCGCUUUCAAAGUUCUUCCACCGUGCGACGCCGUCGGUCUCCUCUCCGGGCACGACGCCACCGGCCUUGUUGUCUGGUCCGGCGCUCUGGCGCUGCUGGAGUGGCUCCUGCACCACCCCGAUCGCCUUGAUGCUGCGAUGCGCUCGUCAUCUACGCAAGACCAAACCUCAGCGGCGUCUGUCGGGGCCGCGAGCGCGACGCACGUCAUCGAGCUGGGCUGCGGGUCCGGCAUCACCACGGUUGGUCUCCAUGCGUUGUUGUCACGCCGCCGCGGCGCUGCGCCAUUGGGGCAGAACGACGCCGCCGCCCGCACACACCUGUGGGCCACUGAUGGCAAUCCCGACUGUGUGGAGCUGGCGCAGCGAAACGUGCGAGAGCAGUGCAGUGGCGGUGGCGACGGGAGCCCUUCGUGUGGUGUGGCGGCGUCAGCAGAGCUGCUGGCGUGGGGGGACGAUGCGGCCGCGGAGCAGUUGCUGAGGAAGUGCUGCGGCGACGCUUCGCCCUCGUGCGGUCCUUCCGUGACGAUUGUGUCGGCUGAUGUGCUCUACGAUGCGGCAGCGGUCCCGCUUCUCGUUUCGACGGCGGCGAAAGUGGCUGACCUGCGCGCUCCAGCAGGUGCGUCGGGCUGCUGCGAGAAGGAGUUGGAGUGGUGGCUGGCGUACGCCCCACGCAGUCUCACCCGUGCCGGCAACGAGUGUAUUUUCCAAACCCUCCUUGACGCCUUCGCGGAGCGUGGCUGGACCUAUGAGGUGUUUCCGCUGCCAGCUGGCGCCGUGACGACAGGCUUCGAGGAGCACUGCGACUGUGACACAACGGCGCUGCGCGGCUGCAUACUGGUUGUACGUGUGAAAGGGGCAGCUUUCUCGUCUCGGGAAUGA